AUGACUGACUUGUGGCUAAUUUCUGUGCCUCUGGACAAGACCAGUUUGACAAAUGUAGAGAAACUCAAAAGAACCAUUGCCAAAACAAACCAGGCUUCCUGCUGCAAGUUCUCCAUCCCUGAUCUCAAGGUGGGAAUACUUGACACUCUACUUAGUGUUUCAGAUGAUCUCUCCAGGCUGGACACUGUGACAGAAAGUGUGAUUAAAAAAACCUGUCAGUGUAUGAAGGAGGUGAUGGAGCAGUCCAGUGAUAAAAUGCUGGAAAACACCUUGGCCAAUGGUGACCACGGAAUAAACGAGAAAACUCCUGUGUCACCCCUGCGGGCCUUCUUCCAGUCACUGAGGGUGGACUUGAUGAAAUAUGUGACAAGAUUUCAAUGGGAUAAAGCCAAGUACUCUACAUCUCUGCCUCUUUCUGCCCUGACAGAGGUCAUCGGCAAGGAGGUGACCUUGGUGGAAACAGAGCUAAAAUCCAGAUCUACUGCAUACAACAGUUUGAAAAGUAGUUUUCAAAAUUUAGAGUUGAAACAUCAGGGAACACUGCAAACUCGCUGCCUUAACGACAUUAUCAGAAAAGAGGAUCUGGUAGUGUCAGAGUACCUCACAACACUCCUAGUAAUUGUUAAUAGAGGAAGCUAUGAACAGUGGGAGAGGACAUAUGAAUCACUCUCAGAGUUUGUGGUGCCUAGGUCGAGUAGGAGGCUGUAUGAGGACACGGAUGCUGGUAUCUUCUCAGUGACUCUUUUCAAACGGGCUGUGAGCCAGUUCAAAGCCAAUGCGCAGGAGAGCAAGUUCACUGUGCGCGAAUACUGUGUGGAGCUGGAGGAGCAGAAGCUGAGAGACAUGAAGCAGCUCAGUGCUUGCAAGAAAGAGCAGUAUGGGAUCUUUGUACGUUGGCUCAAGGUGAAUUUUACUCAGUUGUUUGUUGCCUGGAUUCACUUAAAAGCAUUGAGAGUAUUUGUGGAAUCAGUCCUCAGAUACGGGCUGCCAGUAAAUUUCCAAGCUCUUCUCCUGCAGACUGAUAGAAAAUGCUCCAAAAAAAUGAGAGAAGAACUGGCGUCACUGUUUAUGCAUCUGGACCCAGCUGCCAUGGCCAGCAAGACAGACGUGAGCUGUGACAUCCCAGGAUUGUCUCAGCAAGAGUACUUUUCCUACAUCUCCUUCCACAUCAACACCACUGUUCUGGAGCUCAGCUAG